AAGGCGAAUCUGUCUGACGGUGGAUUGAAACCCAAUUAGAAACAGAGGAGACAUUUUGGGAAAACUGUCAGUGUCCGUGUGCCCUGGCGCCCCAAGACAAUAGAUAUAUGGUUAAAGAAACAUCAGUGGAGGCUCUUAGACUGGAAUAUUAAGGAUGUUCCAGCAGUGUGAGGAGCCUCGUUUCACCAUCGAGCAGAUUGACCUCCUCCAGAGGCUAAGAAGGACAGGGAUCACACAGGUGGAGGUUCUCCAUGCCCUGGACACCUUGGACCACCUGGACCGGAAACAUGGACACAAGUUGACCCAUAAACCUUCCUACCUGCCCCCGUCAUCUUCCUUGUCUUCUUCCAGUACUGUCGCCGCCUCUUCCUCCAUGACCUCCACCGCCACUCAGACAAGUUUCCCUGACAACCGACUGUCACUGUCACCUAAUAACAACUUUGACACCACCUCUCCGCCUUUGCCAAUUCCAGCAGCCUCACCUGUCACCAUGGCUGCGGUAGCUCAGAACGGUCUAGUCGCUGUCACCAAUGGGAAGCUGUCACCGCCCCGGUUUCCUCUUGGUGUGGUUAGUGGCAGCGUGACUACGCCAGGCUACGGGUUUGAGACCAGUGAAGAGGACAUAGAUGUUGAUGACAAGGUGGAGGACUUGAUGAGGAGGGACAGUGCUGUGAUCAAAGAGGAGAUUAAGUCCUUCCUGGCGAACAGGCGGAUCUCCCAGGCUGUGGUCGCUCAGGUAACGGGGAUCAGCCAGAGCCGGAUCUCCCACUGGCUCCUGCAGCAGGGAUCAGACCUCAGCGAGCAGAAGAAACGAGCCUUCUUCCGCUGGUACCAGCUGGAGAAGACCAACCCCGGUGCCACUUUGGCCAUGCGAGCCGCUCCAUUGGCUCUGGAUGACAUGAUGGACUGGCACCAAACCCCGCCUUCAUUUGGCUCCGCCCCAACGGGCUUCCGUCUGCGACGCGGGAGCAGGUUCACCUGGAGGAAGGAGUGUCUGGCUGUUAUGGAGAGCUACUUCAGUGAUAACCAGUACCCUGAUGAGGCCAAGAGAGAGGAGAUUGCAACUGCCUGCAAUGCUGUCAUUCAGAAACCAGGAAAGAAGCUGACUGAUCUGGAGAGGGUCACAUCUCUGAAAGUCUACAACUGGUUUGCCAACCGCCGCAAAGACAUCAAGAGGCGCGCUAACAUUGAAGCAGCCAUCUUGGAGAGCCACGGCAUUGAGGUUCAGAGUCCAGGCGGUCAGUCCAACAGCGACGAGGUGGACGGCAAUGACUUCCCUGACCAGGCUUGUGAGGUGUCCUUAUUUGACAAGAGAGCUUCAGCCAGGCAGUUUGGUUUCGGUCGAGCUGACCUGUCCUCUCCGACCCAGGUUCCCACGCUGCUCCCCAGCUGGUUCUCUGCCCUGGGUAGAGGAGGCUUGUCUGGACAGAGGGGCGCUGCUCUGAUUGGUCGCUCCCUAGUUUCAGGGGCGGGCGCUCAGGCGGAAGGUUCCAGAUUGACAGGUGUGUCCUGGUCUCCCCCCUCCCCUUCCCUCCAGGAGGAACCCACCAUCCACAGCGUGCUGUCCGAGCCCCAGGACCAAAUCGGAUUGGAGAAGGUGGCUGUCAGUCACAGCAACCAAGCCCUAGCCAAUCAGGUGGAUGAGGCGAGGUGCAGUAUGGGGAAUGACAUCAAGACGGAAACGCUGGAAGACGACUGAAGGGAGCGGUGGCUAUUGAAAUUGUCGGAGUGAUGAAUGGAACAGGAUCAGAGGUCUGUUAAUAUGCAAGCAGAUUUUAUAGGAAUGUAUUAAAUGAAAAAAAUGACCAAAAGUCGUGUAAACUCCAACCCUGAGAUACCUCCCAACCCUACCUCCAACCACCAACCUGCUCUGCUACACUCUUAUAGGUAUUACAAGUAUAUUAUAAUAAUAAUGAUAAAAUAAUUAGCGUUUAUUUGUUUAAGUACUCCCUAGCAGGCUAUGGAAAUGCCUAAAUAAAAACAAAUCAAACAAAGAAAGUGACAAAUUCUAAAUUAUUUAAUUCUAAUUACAAUAAAAGCGAACUUAAAGGACAUGCAUAUAGCAAUGUGUUUUUCACAGUUGAUUUGGUUUUAUUUGGGCAUUUAAAAUCUUCCAUAGUGAGUCUAACAGGACAUGAUGCAUUGUGCAGCUUCCUCUGGAAACUGCAUUUCUCACAGCAGGACAACACUGUAUUUGACACGGGGCUCAAAUAGUUUCAGGGUCUUGCACUGUGAUCACACCACAACUGAACCUCCUCAAAAGAUAAAUACAUGAAUUUGAAAGUUCAUUUUUAACUGAUUGUUUUAAUUUAUGGUGCAUUUCAUCACAGCUGAUCAUAUUACAGUUUUGUUGUGUUAAUUCCUUCCAGUGAGAAGAAUAGCAGAAUAAGCUCAGUUUCAUCGAGGCCACAGCUUGUUGGUAAUUUCUGUGAGUUAAGAUGAAAAUCAAAAGAGAGAAAGAAGCAGAAUAACCCACACCUUGAUCCCCUGUCCUGUUAACAUAAGCUCAAUAUAUGGAAGCAAAGAAAGGCAAUAAUAAUUUUGAAUUUAAUGAGCAACUGAACUUAAACUGGGUGAAAUGUAACGCUACCUUGCUAGGCUAGGUUUGAGCUGAAAGAGGAACCGCAGUCACGACCGUGAUGCCAACCUUCACCCAUAAUGAUGCCAUCUUCAAUUUUAGUGCAUAAUCGUACAUUGUUGUAAUGUUCACUAACCGCGAGGCCCAGCCUGGCUGAGACUGCACCCCCAGCCCCCACUGACACUCGGCCAGUGAGCGUGCACGUUUCCACGGUGUCAGCUGACUGUAGAGCUCCGCCCUCCUGCAGCCGCACACACACCUGCAGCUUCAGCCACACAGACAGGUGAACAAACACACCAGCAGCUUCUUGGUCCAGUCUCACAUGUUUUUCAUGUGACUUUUGUUUGUUAUUGUAGCCAAGUACAAUACUUAUGAUAAAAAGUACUUCAGGAAAAGUAAAAUGAUACUCCAAAGUAUAAGUACACAAAAAACUGCUUUGUUGGAUUCUGAUGUGUGAAUUUCACCAAUUCAAAGUGAGCAACAUGAUUUUUUCAACUUCACUUGAAAAUAAUGAAUUUGAGCAAGUUUUUUUUAAUAUUGGACACCAGAUCUUAAGAUUUUCUUCAGGCUUCACAAAUUCAAAUGUUUUUUUUUUUAUUAUUAUUUUUUUAAUUAUUAUUGUACUAACCCUAACCCUAGCUUGAAACAAUGAGGAGUUUAAACCUCAAGCAGGUGGUUUUCUAGAUAAAAUGCUCCAUUGCUAUAAAUUCAGUGGGAUUUAAAUAUCAGCAGUAGAUAUUCUGUAGAGAGCGUAUUUCACAGUUAGGUAUUCAGUUUCUUAUAUUCAAAUCCUUACGGCCUCUCUUUGCUUCCAUAAUUAUAACAAGUAAUAAAAAAACAAGAACUUACUGAAUACAUGAAUGUUGAAGGAAGCUGAAACCGUUGACACAUUUGUCUAAAAACCAGAAACUCGGAUGUCCCGGUGGCCGAGUGUUAUUCAUUUAUGCCCUCUUACCCAACGGGUGAUCAGGCAGAAUGAAUGAAUCACUGUGAGAUGAUCUAAAAUCAAUACAGAUCAGUCAGUUGGGAGGUAUUCAGUAGUGAAACAAACUGUUACUAGAUACUACAGAUUAAAGUAUAAAGUGAAUAUAUACUACAUAUACCACAUGUGUAUGUGUGCAUACACACAUGCACAUAUACAGUAUAUUCUAUAAAGUGGGGGUUUAUCUCUCUUUACAGUAUAUAGACAUAUUUAGCUUCAAAUGAGAGAAACUAUCAGUAUGAGUCUUUUCUUGUUGGUGAAAGGUGAGUGAAGCAUUAGCCAAAGUAUUAAGUUUAAAUUUGGUGUAUUUUCUGAGUGUAUGAUCAUGGGUGGAACCAUGUAUUAGAGAUAUGCUAAUCAAAGAUGCAUCGGAUGUGUCAAAUUAUUGCAAGCAAAAUGCAUUUCCUUUUAAGGUACAUCUGUGUUUGUGCUCGAUAUGCCAUGUGUUCUAAACACAUACUGUCAAAUGUUCAAAUCGUAAGUUCAUUUUAAAUGACACUUUAUUGGAUCAAUGUCAUGGUGCUUAGAGUCCCUGCUGUUGAAACAUUUCAUUGAUCAGUGUGAAUGACAAACCAGAGAGGCAGUAGGAAGAGGAAAAAAAAUCGUUGGGAAACUGAUGUUUUCCAGAAAAAGUUAAGUUUCACAUUAAGUGAGUGAGGAGGAUUCUCUUGAAACAACCACACCAACAAGUGUUCUUUCAGCCAUUGUAGAAGUCCAAGCAUUUAUAUUCAUCUCUUUAAACGUCGGGUUUCGCCCUUUUCUAGCCUUUUGGACAGGUGAUAUUUGGUGGGAAAUGAUACUUGUUUUUAAGUCAUACGUCAUCAUCUUUAAGCGCUUAUUCACUAGUUGUUAGCAUGCACGAUGUCUUUUCAGAUCAAUUUGUUGUUUGCAUGAAGUUGGAGAUAUGUGUAUAAGCAACAAGCUAUAAACACAGUACUGACAUUAUCAAGUUGUGAUGGCUACAGACACAGCGCAGCAUCAGUAUUGAAUUUAUUCCAGCUCUUCAGCUGCUAAAUGUCUCACUAUGUUCACUAACUUGUUGCUGAUCAGGCAGCGGGUUGUUUGAGCUUUUUCACUGAACGCGAAGUUGAAAACGGUGUUUGCAGGCUGGAGAACCAAACAGUUAGCUGAAAGAGGCUGAGACGAUGAGGGGAGCUGCAGAGUUGGAUGAUAAUUGUCUGUUUGUCGCUAUAAGUGAUGGCUCUCACAUGACACAUAGUCAUUUGGUUCAGUUGUAGUGGAAAGCUUUAAUUGAUCAGGUUCUAAUGGAAAACUACAUUUUAACAAUACAAACGUUAGUAUUUAAGUGACACUAAACACUUCCUCACUGGUUAAAAAGCCAAUAUAACUUGAGUUUAAUGUAUCAGUUACUAUGUGAUCUAGUCAUUAUGUCAGUGAUGUGACAUUUGUUUAACAUGGUGUAUGGUUUUCAGUUGAAGUGCCUUUAUUUUUUGCAGUGUACUAACACGGGAUCGGUGCUUGACAGAUUUCUACAAUGGCUGUAAACGCAUCACUGUAUCAGAACUAAUGCACGAAAGCUGAACACAUGAUGUUCUGAACAGCCGACACUGAAGUGGCUUCAUUCAGAUCGCUUCAUCAUUGUUCAUCACCAGGUGCUUUACAGGCUAAGCUACUAGUUCAGAGUUAAAAACUCGACACAAAUACCUCACUUUACCCCCCGCAGCUAUAAGCUACACCCCACAGGUUCCUCCACAGCUGCUUCAAUGUGAAUCAAAGUUUCGACGGCUGAGAGUAAAAGAGGAGGCUGACAGCAAACUGUGAUGAGGCUGUAAAGACGGUUCAUUGGCUGAUCUGGGACAACAGAAAUGUCAGUGUCCUUUUUAAAAGGGAAAUUCCUUCUUGAACUCGAGCCAAUAAAUGUUAAGUUUGAAAGUAAAGGGAAAUUCCACUUCAGAAAAGAUUCUAUUCAUUCAUAAGCUCCUGCCUCCACCAGAGUCCAUGAAAUCCUACAGCAUGUUUCCUUCAUCCUGGUGGAACACUGACGCAGCUCGUCAGUGUUGGGUUCAGACUGAAGGUCUGACAGGAUUUAAGUUUAGUGGUGGAAUGUCUCUUUAAAUGUACGGCAGCAGAGCUGUCCUGAGUGUCUUUGUCUAAAGCGUUUAUAAAACUCUGAGGCAUUAUUAGUCAGUUAUGUAGCUUUCUGUCAUGUGUUUGAAUUAUUUACACCAAAUUAUCAAAGUAUACUAUCCCACUAAGGGUUAGAAAGUUUUUUUUUUCUUUUACAUCUGCCAAGCAGAAGCCUUUCUGAAGUGAAUCUGUGGAUUCAUUGAAGACAACAUGCUUUUGAGAUUAUUUCAGGGUUUUAAAUCAUUUCAGUUGCUGCCUUCAUGGUCUUCUCAAGAAGUCGUAUUUUGGAGUUCUAAAGCAGCAAAUUAAUGUGAAGUGCAAAAGUAGCUUAGGUAAGAGUAAUUAGAAUGAGAAACAAAACAACUGAAACCAAACUGUAAAUGGUAAUUGUGAGCUUGCUGUCUCAGUUUUAUUAUGUGACGUAGUUAUUUUUGCUCUCAGAUCGUCUUCCUACCUUACCAUGUUUAUGGCACAAAAUGAUCCUUUCACCAUUUUCUGCCUUGUUUAAACAUGGAGCAGACUUCCUGAUCAGGUGACUGAAACAUUUUCCUUUUCAUGGCAGACACACUUGUUAAAAUGCUUAAGAUUCACCUACUGUAACACUACAGUGUGAGUAGGGCCAAAGUUCCUUAGAUCAAGAAAUAAUCCAAAAUAACGACUUCACAGAAUAAACCUGAACAGCUUUCAUGGCAGCAGUGUCGUGAUCUUUUAUGUUGUUUCUCAUUGAGUGGUCUUGGUCUUUGUUUCUUGACUACAUUUUAUUUUGCUUUGUCUUUAUUUCUAAAUUGUCUCCGUACUGUUAAUUUACAAAAAUCAUCAGAGUGCCACAAAGUAUGUUUUCAUAUUAUAAUCAACUUAAAAUGCAUAAGAAGUCAAAGUUAGCAUGAAACACAACCACAGUAACACCAGUAUUCCCAUACGUGACAUAAAGCCUUUGCUCUUUCAGUUACAUUCAGCACUCUCUCUCUGACACAACUGAGGGCGGCAUGUUGUUGGUUUUACCAUCAGCCUUCAGUGCUCUGUUGCCUUGUACGGUUUGGUUUGACAGGAUGAGCGUCCUUCACGGUUCCUUCACAGGAACAAAGCAGCCGAUUGUUCAGAUCAGAUCCUGUUUUUCACCUGGAAUACCUGUACAGUACAAGCACCUUCGGCUAAAUCCAGCUGCCUCUCCCUCUGGCAGUACACCUGUUCCUGAAGACAGGCAGUCCAGUAAAUACUUGUCUUAACAAUACUGUUUGGAUUGUGGAUGCUUCCAUUGGCACUUGAUGACAAUGUUAAUGGAGUUGCAGAGGAUUUUGAUCUGAUCUGAAAGAGAAAGCGCAGGGGAUCUGGUGUCAGUGUGGUUUCAGUCAGUAAUGCCUCAGGACUGAAUGCUCCCUGUCUCUUAGUCAACAUGGUGAAUACAUGAGAUGCAGUAUGACAUUUGAAGAGUUAUUUUCCAAAAUGCUGUUUUUGUUUCAGUGAAAAAAGUUGACAUUCAUGCAUUGAACAUAAAAUGUAGAUGUUCCAUUCAUAAUGUUCCUCCUUUAAUCAGCCAAUGACUGUAAAUACGACUUAAAAAAUGAGCAUCUGGUUCAAACAUUUUAUCAGUCAUGUAAGAAACGUUUUUGAAACUUCUGAGCGGUUAACAUUUCAUUUUGGCAAUAAACUCUUCAAUAACUCUCUACAGAAUGACAAAUAUCAAACCUCAGCAGGAUGUUUGUUUUAUCAGUUUGAAUAGAUUUUUAUCCCUUCUCGUUCUUCUCUAUUUCAAGAUUUAGUGCCUUUUUUGGACAGUAGACUGUUCUGUAAUCGCUAUGUAGAAAGUCUACAUAUGCCUUUUGUUACUUUUUCAUCUGUUGGAUAAACCUUAUUUGUUAUUUUUAAGGUGUGUUUUUAUUGAUAUUCUAUUUACAAGGGAAUAAAAACUGAUCAGACUCCA